AUGCCUCAGGAAGCCUCCAAGGUAUCUGACCCCGAAGCUGACGCCAAAGUAGCCGCUGAAGCAGUCGCCGAAUCGAGCAAACAAGCAGAGGACGAGUCUGCAAACGAAAGUGGCGAUGAGGAGACCGGAACAGCGGAAGGGGCCGAGGGUGCAGCUGGAAAGAAGAAAAAGAGCAAGAAGAAUAAGAUAAGGGAUGCGCUUAGCGGCAAGGGAAAGGCGAGCGAGGUCACGGAUUUGAACGCGGCCGCUGGAGGAAUUCUGUCCAAGCAAGCUAUGAACGUGCUGCUCGCAAGCAACCCUGCGCUUGCGAAUGAACUCCAGGGCAAGGUGAACAAAGAGGAGGACCUACAAAAGUUGCUUCAAACGCUCAACCUCAACGAAAUGCUCACGGGGCUGGCACCGCAAGGCAGCCGAAAAGAUAUGGCCAGUCAUGCGUUCUGGAAGACACAGCCCGUUCCUAGCUUUGACGAGAUGGCAAACAAGGAAAAGAUCAAGGACGGACCAAUCAAGGAGAUUGACAUUGAAAAGGUCGACAAGAACCCAAGCCCAAUGUACCCUGGCUUUGAAUGGGUAACUAUGGACUUGGAACAAGAAAAGCAGCUGGAAGAAGUCUACGAGCUGCUCACCAACCACUAUGUCGAGGACAAGGAUGCAACUUUCCGCUUCAAAUACUCGCCGUCAUUCUUGAACUGGGCUCUAAAGGCACCCGGUUGGAAGAAGGAAUGGCACGUUGGUGUUCGCGCAACCGCCUCGGGCAAGCUGGUUGCAUUCAUCUCCGGCAUCCCGAUACAGAUGCGGGUACGCGACAAGGUUCUCAAAUGCUCCGAAGUCAACUUCCUCUGCGUCCACAAGAAGCUCCGUUCGAAGCGGUUAGCACCUGUGCUCAUCAAGGAAAUCACCCGCCGCUGCUACGUUGAAGGUACAUUCCAGGCUGUAUACACUGUUGGAUCCUUAUUGCCUACUCCCGUUUCAACCGCCAGAUAUUUCCACCGCGCCAUCAACUGGGAAAAGCUGUAUGAUGUUGGCUUCUCUCCCCUGCCCCACGGCAGCACCAAACAACGCCAGAUCAUCCGGUACAAGUUGCCAGACACCACAUCUACUCCUGGACUUCGCGAAAUGGAGGCCAAGGAUGUUGAUGCAACUCUCAGUCUCUUGCAGCGAUAUCUUGAGCGCAUGGACAUGGCGCAAGUAUUCGACAAAACCGAGUUCGAGCACUGGAUGGCGCCAAAAGAGAAGCCCAAGGAGCAGGUCGUGUGGAGUUACGUCGUUGAGGACCCCAACACUCACAAGAUCACAGACUACUUCUCCUUCUACAAUCUUGAGAGUACCGUCAUUGGUAACAAGAAGCACAACACCAUCAAGGCGGCCUACCUCUUCUACUAUGGUACUGAGGUUGCAUUUGAGAAAGACAAUGAAAAGUUGAAGAAACGGUUGAACUCGCUAAUGAAGGACGCGCUCAUCCUGGCAAAGAAGGCUGAUUUCGACGUCUUCAAUGCCCUCACAUUACUCGAUAACCCACUGUUCCUGGAAGAGCAACGCUUCGGUGCCGGAGACGGGUCAUUACACUACUACUUCUACAACUAUCGUGCUGCACCGAUUCCUGGCGGCAUCGACUCGAGGAAUCAGGCGAGCAAGGACCAUAUGGGUGGUAUUGGAUUAGUCAUGCUGUAA